AGCCCUCUCUCCAGUCGACCACCAUGAUGUGGAAACCCGCCUUCCUUGCCCUCCUUCCCUUCGUUUCUGCGAGCGUCCAAAAGCUUAAGCUCUCCAAGGUUACGCCUUCGGCUGUCUCCAAUCCUGAGGCCGAGGCCUACUACCUCGCUGAGAAGUAUGGUGUUGCUGUCCAACCCCAGGUUCCCCUGAUGGGCGCAGGAGGCUCCGGCCGCCGCGUCAGCCGUCCUUCCAGCAACGGCAAAGAGCAGCUCUUUUGGACUCAGGAAGAUGUCAAGGGCGGUCACAGCGUCCCUCUCACCAACUUCAUGAAUGCCCAAUACUUCACUGAAAUCCAGCUGGGUACCCCUCCCCAAUCUUUCAAGGUCAUUCUUGACACGGGGUCUUCUAAUCUUUGGGUCCCCAGUUCCGGCUGCACCUCCAUUGCGUGCUUCCUGCAUGCAAAAUACGACGCGUCUGCCUCUUCGACCUAUAAGAAGAACGGGACCACGUUCGAGAUUCAUUACGGGAGUGGCUCGAUGGAGGGAUUCGUUUCCAACGACAUGUUCACCAUCGGGGACCUCAAGGUUCCGAAGUUAGACUUCGCUGAGGCUACCAAGGAGCCUGGUUUGGCGUUCGCCUUCGGAAAGUUUGAUGGUAUCCUUGGACUUGCUUACGACACCAUCUCUGUGAACCACGUCACACCCCCCUUCUACGCCAUGGUCAACCAGGGUCUACUCGAUGCUCCCGUCUUUUCCUUCCGUCUCGGAUCUAGCGAGGAGGACGGCGGUGAAGCCAUUUUCGGUGGAAUCGACCACACAGCGUAUUCGGGUAAACUUACUUAUUUGCCCGUUCGUCGCAAGGCCUACUGGGAGGUUGAGCUCGAGAUGAUCAAGUUCGGGGACGAUGAGCUCGACCUCGAGAACACCGGUGCUGCCAUCGACACCGGGACGUCUCUGAUUGUUGUUCCCACCGACGUUGCGGAGAUGCUCAACGCGCAGAUCGGUGCUAAGAAGUCGUGGAACGGGCAGUACACUAUCGAGUGCAGCAAGGUCCCUUCCCUUCCAGACCUCACCUUCUAUCUCGGAGGCAAGCCUUUCCCGAUCAAAGGAUCAGACUACAUCAUGGAGCUCUCUGGCACGUGUAUAUCCUCGUUUACUGGAAUGGACCUCAACAUUCCCGGAGGCGAUCUCUGGAUCCUCGGUUAGUUGAUCAACCUAGCAAACUUGUCAAACCUGAUUCGCUUUAGGGGACACUUUCCUGCGCAAGUA